AUGCAUAUAUAUAUGAGGAGCAAGCAACUUCCGCUCGUUACUACCGUUCUCUUGUUCUGGACUAUGUUUAGUAUUUGUUUUGGCAGUAAAACUGUUCCACGUGCACACAGUUCGACUCUAGUCCGCCGAGCAGAACUAACGCGCCUACCACAAAACCGCUGGACAAUCGGAAGCCCUAGACAGGCUUGUCGCGUCGGUUUAUAUAUGUACAAAGAUUACAUUGUAUCUGACGAUUGUGCGGCAUGGGAGGGAAUACCAUUAAGUACCGACGAACGGUACGGGAACAUGCCACUUCUAGACGGAAUAUGCUACCGUGUCACAGAACUUAACCCCGAACUAAAACCGGCACCGUCCUGGCGUGCCACAUCGUCGGGGACAGUAGUAGUCCAAGGAUACUGCAAUUGCAUAAUUUACGAGGACGAUAUGUGUGGGCAGGGACUUAAACCCCAGGAUAUCAGAUCGUAUCCUAUGCAAAAUAUGAUUAGGAGUAAGGACGAUAUCGCCAGAGGUAGUAUCCAAUGUUUCAAAGAUAUCGGUUGGGAGAGCUUCGAAUCUUGUUCUGUGAAACUCUCAGAUGGCACAACACACCCCCCCCUUUUCAAUGCUGAUGAAAAAGGUAACGAAAAAUGGGAAUGGAAAGGCAAAUAUCUCAUCUCUAUAAACUUUCCCAAGGGAAGUAUAGAUAAAAUAACCGGGGAAAGUAAUUGCGCCACAAUAGGUGGCGUUUCUCUACGAUCGUGGGAAAUCCAAGGAUGUACUUGCCACCUUUACACGGAUGAGGCGUGUCAAAAAAGAUACAUAACUUAUGGAGGGAAAGGGGUAAGGAGGGUUGAGCAUUUUGAUAGCGGAGACCUUCAGCAAGUUAGAAGCAUCCGAUGCGAUCUACCAUGGAGCUAUGAUCCUAUGGAUAGUGCGGCCUUUCGCGGAUCGGCUCCUAGGUGCGUGAACCUGCACCCAAACGGCCAAACUCCGAACUAUCAAAUCAAGCCAUUCAGAUAA